GAAGUAUAGAGGUUUUACUAUAGAGAUAGGAAACGGCACGGAUGUAAAAGACUUAUGUUAUCAACAUGGAACUGACAGUAACGGAAGUAGGAAAAUGACAAUCUACUGUGAAAAAGAGAUAAUUGGUAAUGUGGUGGAAAUUAAACUCGCUAAAAAUGUAGACAAGCUAACUCUAUGUGAGGUUCAAAUAUUUGGAGGUCGACAUUUAUCGUUUAACAAGUACACUUUGCCAAAUGAAACAUUACACUGGAAAGGAUUUUGGAAUUCAUCGUAUGCAGUAGAUGGAAGACAAAUGCGUCAGGGUGAAGACCAAAAUGUUGAAUCUGAAAGAACGUGCAUGUCAACUAAACACACACAACUAAAGACAACACAUCAAUGGAGUGUUAACUUGGACUCCGAGUAUCUUAUACAAGGGAUACAUUUCUUUGUUGGUUACGGCUUUUUAGUUCAGUUUCAGUCGUACAAGAUAUAUGUGAACGGUGUCAAUACGUCAUCACGUGACCCUGUAUUCACUGACAACCCGGUGGGAAAUGACAUAGAAGACUAUAAUCCUAAAUCUGUAAACUUCACGAAUCCAGUCUUUGGCUUGGAGGUCCAAGUACAAAGAAAUGCAUCCAUUCUUGCUAUAUGUGAAUUAGAAGUAUUUGGAG